AUGCAGGGGACUGGCGCCCAGAUGCGGUACGUUCGUCGGCAUGCGCCGGCGGCCACCUGUACUUCCAGCGCUGCAAGUGUGCGGUGCCGGUCGAUUCGUCCUCAUUUCGCACGUGUGUCGGACUCCCAGCUUUUUCCCGCCCAAAUCCUGCCGCUAGCCAUCAUCCAGCUGGGCCGUCACCUAAGCUGGCUCUCGUCGGGCAAGCUCUUGGUUGCGGCACGGUUGGAGCGAGGAGAUCCAUCUCUGCUAAGAAAGGGGCCAGGGGCCGCUCGCCAAGCGCUGCCAGGGUGCACCAGGCGCGGAACUCGGAGCACUCGAGAGCGGACAGGAGGAAUGCCGCCCAAGAAGCAUUGGAGGCAGCGCUCGGUGCUGCAAAUUGGGGCUGAUGGAAAACUGGACGGCUGCGCCGCCUGCGAGGACAGCGGCGAGCUGCUGUGCUGCGAGCGCUGCCCGCACACCUUCCACCCACGCUGCUGCGGCUACGCCGGGUUUGACGACGUGCCCGGCCACCCAGAGCCCAACUGGCUCUGCUGGUUCUGUGCGGGACACAAUCGGUACAAGCAGUCCACAUCCAAACUGGCGGUGAGGAAUGGGGACGAGGUGAAGGUGGCAUACAACGACAAGUGCGAGGUCUACUAUGCUGCCAAGGCCACCUCUGUGACCGCCACCCACGUCACCUGCAAGUACAUCCACUUUGCGGACGCGCCACCUGAGAAGCUGCCUCGCACCAGCGUGCGGCUGUGGCGUGGCACGCACGACCCGGCUGCCUGGGUGUUUGAUAAGAAGGACUGUGCUUACGAGCCCCGCAGCCGCUGCGCUCCUGUGGACAUUCCCAAGCUACAGUCCACUGCCAACGCGGCCCGGGCAGUGGCGGCGGCAGCAGCAGCAGCAGCAGCAGCAGCAGCGCCGCCGGCAACGGCGGCAGCUGGCGCGGGCGGCAGCACGCCUGGCUCCCCCAAGCCGCUGCAGCAGGCGCAGCAGGCGCAGCAGGCGCAGCAGGGGCAGGGAGGGGCGGCGGCGGCGCCAGCGCGGCCGGGGGCGGGGGCGGCUUCCCCUGUGGCAGCGGCGGGCUUGCGCGGCGGGCAGGAGCCUGCGUCGCCACCCAGCAAGAAGCAGAAGCGGGAGCAGGAGCAGGAGCAGCCUUUGCCUGCCGCUGCUGCCGCCGCUGCCGAUGCACGUGAGGGGCAGCGCAAGGACGAGCAGCAGCCGCAGCCCAAGCCAGCACCGCUGCCAGCGGAGCCUGCCCAGCAGGGGGCGGCAGCAGCAAAGCGGAAGGCAGCGGCGGCGGAGCCGGCUGCCGCCGCCGGUGGCAGCGGUGGCAGCAAGCAGGCCCCGGGGCCGUCGUCUAAGAAGCAGCGGAAGGGAGAGGGGGAGGCCGCUCAGGCGAGUGCUCAGGCAGCGCCGGCUGCGGUGCCGGCGGCAGGCGCCAGCGGCGGCAAGCGCCGCCCUGGCCGGCCCAAGGGCAGCGGCAAGAAGCAGCGGCAGGCGCAGCGCGAAGCGGCGGCGGCAGGCAACGGAGGCCAGGGCAGUCCCGCGGAACAAGCCUCUGCUGCGCCUGAGGCGCCCUCUGCAGCCCUGCGCCCCCCAGCCACAGCGCCUGAGAAGGAUUCAAAGCCGGCAGCGGCAGCCGCUGGCGAGGCAGGCACAGCGGUCCCCGCCUCCUCACCACAGCUGGCGGCAGCUGCCAGUGGCGACGCGGCAGGCGGCAGCCACGCCGGCGAGCCUGGCGGCAGCCGCCCAGCUGCGGAGGCCGAGGAGCAAGCGGCCGCCGUGGCGCAGCAGCCGAGUAGCGCGGCGGCGAGCGGCGGUGGCGGCGGCGGCAGCGAGCUUGCCUCCGCCAGUGCUGCUGCUCCUUCUGCCAGCGGCGCAGCCAGCCAGAGCCAGGGCGGCGCCGCCAGCGACGGCGGCAGGCUCUCUGGCGGCCCCGCGGCGGCGGCGAGGCGCGAGAGCGGUGCAGAAGAGGCGGAGGCUGCCGCCGCCGCCAUGGCCGCCGCGGCCGCCGCCACCGCCGCCGCCACCAUCUCGCCUCAGGCGGUGCUGGCGCAGCGGCUGGCUGCGCGGAAGCAGCCCUCGCCGCAGCUGUAUGGAGACGCCUAUGAUUUGCCCAGCGAUGAGGACGACGCGGAGCAGGAGGCUGCACAGGCGGCGGCGCCGGCUAGGCAGCAGCAGGGAGCUCAGCAGGGAGCGCAGCAGGCUGCAGGGGAGGAGCAGGGGGAGCCGCAGGAGGGGCAGGCGGCGGCGCAGGAGCAGGGGCAGGCAGCUGAGCCGGGGCGCGCUCCGGAGCAGCCCUCGCAGCAGCAGCAGGCGGAGCGGCUGUCUGGGCAGCAGGCUGGCAGCGGCAGCGACGUGGCUGCCGCCGCAGCUCAGCCGUCGCCGUCGCUGCCGCUACAGCAGCAGCAGCAGCAGGAGGAGGAUGAGGAGGAUGAGGAUGAAUGGAUAUCUAUUGACGAUAUCGUUCUGCAGCCAGAGCCGCACCUCGCAGCGCCUGCCGCCGCCGCCGCCGCCGCCGCGGUGGUCGGCCGGCCGCCGCCGCAGCAGCAGCCCGCGGCCGCCGCCCCCGCCCCGGCUCCCCCGCCGGCGCCUGCCGCCGCGCCGGCCGGUACAGGGGCAGCCGGCGCGGUGGCUGCCGCGCCAGAGGACGCGCCCGUGCCCGCAGCCCCAGCAGCCUGGUCGCCCUCAGAGGUGGCUGCCCUCAUCACCGGGGUGCAGCAGUGCGGCGUGAACAAGUGGGAGCAGGUGCGGCGGGCCUUCCCUCAGGAGCUACAGGGGCGCAGCGUGGAGGAGAUCCGAGCCAAGUGGCGGUCCAUGAAGGACAGGCUGGCGCUGUCGCCGCCCAAGGGCUGUGGUGGGGGUCCCAGCCGCGGCCGCAUGGGUGCCUCUGGCCCCGCCGUUGUGGCAGAUAGGGUGCUUUCGCCCACCAAGGCCUCGCCCAGAGCUGUGUCUACGCUGCUGCUGGCAGCAGCCCAGCAGGCGUCUGCUGCCGCUGCGGCGGCUGCGGCGGGUGCGGCGGCGGGAGGCCAGCCUGGCGCCUCGCUGGCGGCCGCCGCCGCCACCGCCGCCGCGUCCGACGACUGGCGCCACCCCUCUGCCUUCCCGGCCGCGGCGGGCGCGGGCCUGAAGCUGUCUGCCGGUGCCCUGGCGCUGCGUGUGGGGGACCUGGCGGAGGUGCGGGCGGUGGAUGACGACUACCGGGGAGGGUGGUUCCUGGCGCGCCUGCUGCAGUUCCGCACCGAGCCCUCUCAGCUGGGCGAGCGCGUGUCGGUGCUGCUGGAGUAUGCCGACUUCCGGGAGGAGGGGGAAGGUGGGCCCAAAACACGCGGGAAUGGGUGGCCUUCCCUGCACACCACAGAGGACGGGCGCUGGGUGUUCCCGCGCAUCCGCCCCGCCUCCCGCCCGCUCAAGCCGCCCGCGCCGCCCGCCAGCCUGGCGCCGGGGCAACCCGUGGAGGCCUUCCUGAACGAUGGCUGGUGGAUGGGCGAGGUCGUUUCAGUGGAGCCGGGCACUGUGGCCGUGCGCUUUGAGCCGUGGCCGCUCGGCGAGGGCGACUUCAGCUUCUAUGCGCCCGAGCACGUGCGCCCCGCCCACCCGCUGGCCGGGGCCGGCUUUGGCAUGGUGGAGGCGCCGCCGCCGCCGGCUGGGUUCACCGAACGCGCACGCCAGGCUCAGCAGCAGAUGCAGCAGCUGGAGCGGCUGCUGGGCGGCGGCAGGGCCGGCGCCGGUGCCGCGCCGCCCGGCGGCGGCACGCCGCCGCUGGGCCUGGGCGGCGCGAUGCUGCCGGCGCACGCGCACCCUCACCGCCACCAGCGACAGCACGACCACCACCAGCAGCAGCAGCAGCAGCAGCAGCAGCAGCAGCACGGCUACGGGCAGCCCGCGCAGCAGGCGGCGGCCGCCCCCCAGCCGCACCAGUCGCCGCCCCGGGGCCUGGGCGGCGCCACCCUGGCCCGCUCCCGCUCCCACCCGGGCCUCAGGUCUCCCAGCCCCGCGUCCGCGGCGGCAGCCCACGGCUGCAGCCCCGCCCCUCAGGGCUCCACGCCGCCGCUGGCGGGGACACACCCGCACGCGGCGCAGCUGCAGCUGGCUCAGCAGCUCGCCCAGCAGCAGCAGCAGCAGGAGCACCUGGCUCGACAGCAGCUGGUGCAGCAGCUGCAGGCUGCGGGGGCAGCGCGCGCGGCGGCGCCGCCGGCGGGGCAGCGCCCCCAGGCGGUGCUGCAGGCUGCGCCAGGGCAGCACCAGCAGGGGCCGCCGCAGCCGGCGCCCCCGCCCGAUUUCUUCGCGCUGGCUGUGCGCCAGUUCCGAGCCUCGCUGCCCGAGUGCAGGGCUGUGAGGUACUGCAGCGAGGCCUGCUCCCAUGCGCACUGGAAAGCGCACAAGGCAGAGUGCCGGCGCCUGCGCACCGCUGCGGGGAGUGCCCAGCCCUGA